AAUAAGCUGUGUCAAGUAAUCAACAAUUCAAUAUUAGGAAGAAGAAAAAAAUGAAAAAUAGCACAGUUUCAAAGGUUGUCCUGAGAGCUAUAUAAAAGGAAAAUCACAGAAAGCACAUUGUCUGCUUCUAAGACACACCAACCUAGCAGAGUGAGAGAAACUGUAAAGAGAGAGAAGAAGAAGAAGAAGAAGAGAGGAGAAAAGGGUUUCAAGAUCUUGUCAGAUCAAGCUAGAAAAACCUUGUAGUACUUGUUUCUAAUGCAGUGUCAUGGGGAGGGAACUCGCAGAUGCUGACAUGGACAAUAAGUCAAAUGGCGUGGUGAAAUCAAAUUGUAAUCCGAGAGUUUCAAAAGGCAUGGAGUCAAAUGGCUAUGAGGUCAAGGAAUGCACAGCUAAAAACUCAGUCGUCGAGAAUGAUCAUGAGAAGCAAGAACUGCUGGGUGUUAAAAGAACUAAUUUUGGUACUGACAUCCCUGAAGAGAAAAAUGAAAAGGCUGAAGAUCACAAGUCCACAGACAACAAGUUUGGAACGACUGCAUCGAGAUCUAUUGGUUCAAAUGGCACCGCAAAUGUCCACUCUACACUCUCCCCCACUUCUACGAAGGGUUCAGAGCCAUACUCUCCGAUGACCCCUCCAAUGUCCAGGAAGCCAUUGCAACCAUAUGGUAGGAAGAUUCCUGAUGAAGAAGAUAAUUGGUCCGUCACUUCCUCAGCUGCUUCUGUUCGAACUGCUAGGUCAAGGGUAACUAUUGGAUCUGCUCCAUCUUUUAGAAGUGCUGAACGUGCUGAGAAACGGAGGGAGUUUUACCAAAAAUUGGAGGAAAAACACCGAGCUUUGGAGGCGGAGAGAAACCAAUGCGAGGCCCGGACCAAGGAAGAGCAAGAAGCAGCUCUUAAACAGCUUAGAAAGAGCAUGGUUGUCAAAGCAAAUCCAAUUCCUGAUUUCUACUAUGAAGGACCUCCACGAAAGGUUGAACCGAAGAAGCUGCCAUUGACUCGGCCAAAGUCACCAAAUCUAACCCGGAGAAAGAGCUGUGGUGAUGCAGUCCGCUCAGCUCAGGACGAAAAAGCAAAAGCUUGCUGCCGGACUCACCGUCACAGUUUAGGUAACCACAACGAGCGAUCCACUACUGCAAAUGAGUUAAAAAGUAAAGGCCGGGUUGGUGGACAGACCAGUAAUGUAGCUGGGAAGGCUAAAGAUCGAGCAAAACAGGUAAAAGAGGCGACAAAAGCUGCCCCUGCUAAAAUCGCCGAGGCGAGUAAUGCUAACAUCACGGUUGAAUCAUGAACAUCUAGUUUUUUUUUGGGGGUACUAAAUACUAACUAUUAAGCUGGGAAAUAGACUUGAAUUCCUUCACUGCCCUGGCAUAUGGAUGUUCUGAAACUGAAUAGUAAUUAGCUUGUUUCAUUUUUAGCAGACAACUUAUUUUUACAA